CAGUUCACAUGCGGCCCUCAUUUACAGGAAGAACUUUGUUCUGUGCUCAAAAAACUGCGCCUCAAAUUUUGGGGGAAAACAAUGGCGAAAUCACCGGAAGAUGAACAUCCACACAAGGCUUUUGGUUGGGCUGCUCGAGAUCCUUCCGGCUUACUCUCCCCUUUCCAUUUCUCUCGAAGGGAAAAUGGUGAUGAUGAUGUCUCUAUCAAAAUCCUUUACUGUGGGGUUUGCCACUCUGAUUUGCAUAUGCUCAAGAAUGACUGGGGGGCAACAGAUUAUCCUAUAGUCCCUGGGCAUGAGAUUGUUGGUGUUGUGACUUCUGUUGGUAAAAAUGUGAAGAAAUUCAAAGCAGGCGAUGAAGUUGGGGUUGGUGUCAUUGUUGGAUCUUGUAGAAACUGUGAAAAUUGUAAACAAGACUUGGAGAGUUACUGUCCCAAGAUGGAAUAUACAUACAAUUCUCCUGCAAUCGAUGGAUCGAAGAAUUACGGUGGCUAUUCCGACAAGAUCGUUGUCGAUCAACAUUUUGUUGUUCGAUUUCCUAAGAACUUAGCUCUUGAUGCUGGGGCUCCUCUCCUAUGUGCUGGAAUUACUGUUUAUAGUCCAAUGAAAUACUUUGGAAUGACUGAACCUGGUAAGCAUUUGGGUGUGGCUGGACUUGGCGGGCUUGGUCAUGUUGCUGUUAAGUUUGGUAAGGCAUUUGGGUUGAAAGUUACUGUUAUUAGUACCUCUCCUAGGAAGAAGGAGGAAGCAAUCGACAGGCUCGGGGCCGAUGCUUUCGUUGUAUCGAGUGAUCCCGAUCAAUUGAAGGCUGCCAUGGGAACUAUGGAUUACAUUUUGGACACAAUAUCUGCUGUUCAUGCUCUUGAUCCAUUGAUUAGUCUGCUAAACCUCAACGGAAAGUUGGUCGCGGUCGGGUUACCUAACAAACCAGUUGAACUAUCGCUCGGGUUUCUAGUCUCUGGAAGGAGAUUGAUUGCUGGAAGCAACUUUGGUGGACUGAAAGAGACACAAGAGAUGUUGGAUUUCUGUGGCAAACACAACAUUACAGCUGAUAUUGAGCUCAUUAAGAUGGAUGCCAUUAACUCGGCUAUCGAAAGGCUCGGGAAAGCUGAUGUUAAAUAUCGGUUCGUGAUCGACAUCGAAAACUCGUUCAAAUCGACGGUACAAUAAUAGGUUUGGGCUACAAUGAGAAGAAAAUAAUGCAGAAAAUGUCAUUUUAUGUGCUUUACUCUCAUGAAAGAUCUAUCACGUUGAAACCUUUUGUUAUUAUGUUUUUUAAUAUUUUAAUAAUAUGUUUUCAUUGAUAAGCA